UAAUGAAAGCAGCUCCACGCAUCUAUGAGAAUCAACCAGGAGAGAAAGUUGAUAACGCAGACUUCUUUAUACAACAAUACUACAUCGAAUGUUUGUCCACAUUUUCUUAUUACAUUGAAUCUAAAGGAGAAGCUGCUGUAAUUGAUCCCUUGAGGGAUAUUGAAUAAUAUGUGUAAUACUUAUAUAUUUAUUGAUAGUGAAUUAGCCAAAGAAAGAAAUGCUAAUAUUAAAUGGGUACUUGAGACACAUUUUCAUGCAGAUUUUGUGAGUGGACAUAGAGAAUUAGCAGCAAUCACUGGAGCCACUAUAGUAUAUGGUCCAACAGCAGUUGCAAAUUUCCCUAUGAAAUAAGCUAAAGAUGGGGAAUUGUUACCACUUGGAUUAGUCUAGAUAAGAGUUGAUCACACUCCAGGACAUACAAUGGAAUCCAGUUGUUUUGUUUUAGUUUCUAAAGGAAAAGACCAUUCAGUCUAUACAGGAGACACAUUAUUUUUGGGUGAAGUAGGCAGACCUGAUUUGGCUGUGAAGAGUGGAGAAUUGACAGUUGAGAUGUUGGCUUCAUAUCUCUAUGAUUCAUUAAGAAAUAAGGUUAUGAAAUUAAAUGAUGAUGUAAUUGUAUAUCCAGGACAUGGUGCAGGUUCAUCAUGUGGCAAAGCUAUUGGAGCAGGAAAGUAUUGCACUAUUGGAAUUUAAAAAUAAAAAAAUUAUGCUUUGCAACCUAUGUCAAAGGAAGAUUUCACUAAAUAAGUUCUUGAAGGUAUGCCAAAACCACCUCAAUACUUUUUCCAUGAUGCCAAACUUGUAAUUUUAUAAAUCUCAUAAUAUCUAGAAUAAAAAUGGACCAGCUGAUAUCACUGUUUUAUUAAAUGAUGUUUAAAAGGCAUUGACUUUUGAAUAAUUUAUGGGCUUUGCUAAAUCAGGAGCAACCAUAUUAGAUACAAGACCAAAUGUAGCAGAUGGAAUUAUAGAUGGAGCUAUCAAUAUUACAUUUAUGUCAGGAUUAGUCAAUUUUGUAGGAGCUGUUAUUAAACCAGAUACUAAAUUAAUAAUUAUAGCUAAUUAAGGUGAAGCAUAAGACACAAUUCUCAGAUUAUUAAGAAUUGGAUAUGAUAAUAUUUUAGGCUAUUUAUAAGGAGGAUUUGAAGUUUAUAAAAAUAAUGGAGGACCAUUGGCAACAACUGUAAAAUUAGUCAGUCUUGUUGAAUUUUGUGAUGUCAAAGCUGAUCCAGGUAUUAUAAUUUUAUCUAUAAAUAGAAAAACAUGCAUUUUUAGAUGUUAGAGGACCAGGAGAACAUAAAGAGACAGGAAUUAUAAAAGGAGCUAUUAGAGUUCCAUUGCCUGAAGUAGAAGCUAAUCUUGCUAAGAUUCCUAAAGAUAAGAUUGUUCAUGUUUAUUGUAAAACAGGAGGAAGAGCAAAGAUUGCAAUGAGUCUUCUCGUUAAAAAUGGUUAUAAGAAUCUUGUAAUUACAUAAGAGGGUGGUUUUCCUUCAAUGAAAGAAAAAUAAUUGGUAGAAGUUGAGAACAUUUGA